AUGCUAUUGGAAUUAGAAACACAGUCACUGAACAAUAAGCAGAAAAGAAGAAGGAAUGAUAAUAAAGAGGACAAUCACCAUUCUCCCCAGUCCAAAAGGAGUAAGAGAAACCCUGUUUUUCAGGAGUCUCAGGAUGCUGCAUGUUCAAGCAAUGAUAAUGACAGGAGCAGCAGUGUUAAUUCCCCAGAGAGAGUAAUUGGAUCAGAAAGCAGCUUAAACCAGAUCAUUGCUGAACUCAACAAGAGUACCCCUCAGUCCUUAUAUGAGGGGUAUGUGCUAUGCCAAGGUCCUUAUUCCCACAUCAACCAGAUCAUAAGGGAGGCACACUUCAACAGCCUAUAGCAGCAAGGACAAUCUCCAACAUGA